GUUGAAUUCAUCUAGAGAAUUACUGUGAAAGGUAGAUCACUGCCUUGAGGAUUGUACGGGGCAGAAGGACUUAGGAUACCCAAGAUGGCAGCUACUUCCCAGUUUGCCAGUCGGUACAAAAAGGAUUUAAGUACCGAAACCCUCAGAACGAAAGUUGCACGCAGGAAGUCAAUGCUUCAAAAGGAGAACAGACACAAGCUGUUUGAAAAGGGCAGACAGUUUGGACUGGCAGAUGUCAAUAUUCAGCCAUCAAAAGACAAGAAGAUUUCUCAGCUGAAUGAGACAAGUGAAAUGUGCUCUCAAGAGAACAACAAUGUAAAGCAGAAACAGCUCACAGAUGCAGCCAUGAAGAGGAAUAUUGAACGCAAGGAAAUGCUCCAACGCUAUAAGGAGGAAAAAGAACUUAGAAAGCUUAAAGAACAAAGAGAGAAAGCAAAAAAGGGUGUAUUUAAAGUUGGACUAUAUAGACCUACUGCACCUGGUUUUCUUUCACUUGUGCCCCAAGAGCCUGUGACAGUCAAACCAAAAGAGAAGGCAGCUCCUACUUUCUCUGGGAGGAUUACUCGAUCAAAGGCCAAGAAUCAAGCAGAAAAACCGGUGACAUCAACUGCAUCUAAGGCUACUAUGGUUUGUGCCAAUGGGCGUAGUGCUUGCCCUACACAAGCAGGACGUAAACAGAUGGGCACAGACAAAGCAGCUGAAAAAGAGAAAGUGUUACAGACCAAAGUCCAGCCAGCAGAAAAUACAAGAAUCACUAGAGCUUCCGCAGCUAGACAAAUGCUGAAAAAAACUACUGCCACUGGAAACCAGCCACAGCGAAAGACAGUAAAUGUAGGAAAGCAGAAGGCAGCCAAACCUGACAUCACAGAGGUAUUUUCUUUUAAGCAGGAAGUAGAUCAAAGCGCUCAGCUGGAUCCAGUGAUAGAAGAUUCUGUAUUUGAUCCUAAACACUCAGCAUCAGUAGAUCUUCAACAGGAAGAGACCUCAGUGGAAAAGAAAAAUGCUUUGCUGACAAAUAGCUUUUCUCCAGGGAGACCCAGAACACGUUCUUUUGCACCUCAGAAUUUUGUGUUUCAGCCACUAAGUGGAUUAGCAACAUACAAGGUCACACCCAUGACACCUUCUAGGGCAAAUGCAUUUUUGACGCCUGAUGCUUCCUGGGAUUUUACAGAAACUUCAGUAAACACAGCUGAAAAAUCUAGAGAAACUAAAGUACAGGAACCUAAUUUUAAAAGUUUAGUUGUACUUGCUGAUAAAAGCAUUCAAGAAGACCAAAACACUACAAGUCUGAAAGCAGAAAAAGCAUGCAAUUUAGAUGAGAACACUUCCAUUCAGAGGUCAAAUGGAACAAUCCCUGUUUCUACAGAUACAACAGCCCUUGGAACAAAAUCAGAUGACUUAAGAGAACAGGAGCAUGAUGUGCCCUAUUUCAGAAACAUUCUUCAGUCUGAAACUGAGAGACUGAUGUCUCACUGCCUCCAGUGGGAUGGGAAAUUGGAGCUGGACAUUCCAGAGGAUGCUAAAGAUCUCAUUCGCACAACAAUUGGCCAGACGAGACUUCUCAUAGCAGAAAGGUUUAAACAGUUUGAAGGGCUGGUGGAUAACUGUGAAUUUAAACGGGGGGAAAAAGAAACAACAUGUACAGACUUGGAUGGAUUUUGGGACAUGGUUAAUUUUCAGAUUGAAGAUGUGAAUAAAAAAUUUGAUAAUCUGAAGAAGCUUCAAGAAAAUGAGUGGCAACCACUUGAUGUCCCAAGCAAAGAAAUUAUCAAGAAAAAGACUGUUCCAAAUGGAGUAUCCAAACCAAAGGUGGGAGCGGCUGGAAGAGCUGCAGCCCGGAACCGUCUUGCUGCUAUAAAAGCUGCAAUGAGGGCUAAAAUGAAGCAUGAGGGACCUGCUGGUUGUACACCCCCGGAGAGGCCACCUGAAGUGGAAAAAGUGAUUUUUGAAGGAGGGUUUUUUAGAGUUGAAAGCCCUGUGAAAUCCUUUCCAGGCUUGCUUACAAAGACACCUUGUAGGUCUUCCCAGCGAACUCCUGGAAAACUAGCAACUCCAAGAUCAUCCAGCAGAGCUCUGCUUCCCAGGAAGUCUUUGGCUGUGCAUAACCCUGAGGAUACAACUGCAAAACAAAGGACACCAGUACUCAAAGACAUUCAUGCAGCACAAAAUUUGAAAAUGCACCAAUUUUCUACUAGCAAAGCUCUCCCGAGUGGUUUUCUUGAACAAAGCACUGCUGUCAUCACAGAACACUGUCCUACAGCUGGCACAGCAGAGGGAACUAGUAUGAUGGAAAACUGUGACAGUGAAUUAAAAGUAACAGAUGGCACAGAAGAGAUGGAAACAUCUGCUGAAGAACAAGAUAUUGUCAUGCGCAGCCCAGAGAAGGGCACCUGCACCGAGAUGAGCCCGGCUCAGUCUGGAGAACUACAAAUACCAGAGCCUAAACCAGAUGCUUUGUGUAGUGAUUUGAUGUGUGCUGAUAGAAAUCCUUUUGACAUGCCUGUGAUGGAGGAUGCUCUUCCCUUCACUCCACUCGAGAGCAAAGCCCAGAAGUUUGCAGCAGCUGAAACACUCAGUGACUUGAUUGUGUUUUCUCCCCUUUCUCCUUCUGGGCAAAAAUGA